UAAAUCCAGAAACAUAAUCCUCCCGCUUUUUCUCUCUCUUCUUCUCCGCCAAGUUUACCACUUUUCCUCUAGACAACUAAAUUCUCUUCCAUUGCCGAAGCUAAAAGAAACUAGUAAUUUCUUCUUUUUUCAAAAAUUAAUAAUAUUUGGAAUUGCGUAAGAUGGCCUCAAUCUCUACUUGCCUUACUCUAUCACCUAAGUUUCGUCUCCUAACUUCAAAACCCCAAGUUUCUCUCAAUUUUCCGGGAAUCCAACCACUAACUUCUUCUUCUACGUUCUCGAGAAAAUCCGGGAACUUUUUGAGACCUAGGGUUUCAUUUCCCGUCAUUAAGGCAAGUCUUGAUGUUGGAAGCGACGCGAUUAGGCCUGGAGGUACGGUCGAGACUGAUAAGUUACCCUCUGACGUCAGAAAACGAGCAAUGGAGGCCGUUGACUCGUUUGGCGGGAGGGUUACUGUUGGAGAUGUUUCGAGUAAAGCUGGGCUUAACUUGAAUCAAGCUCAAAAGGCUCUUCAAGCACUUGCUUCCGAUACUAACGGUUUCUUGGAGGUUUCAGAUGAAGGUGAUGUCCUUUAUGUCUUUCCAAAAGAUUAUCGUUCAAAACUUGCUGCCAAGUCAUUUAGGAUAAAAUUUGAACCUUGGGUUGAUAAAGCAAAGGCUGCACUUGAAUAUUUAAUUAGAGUUUCUUUCGGGACAGCACUUAUAGCUUCAAUUGUUCUUGUUUAUACAACAAUUAUUGCCCUAAUUACAAGUAGAAGCGAUGAAGACAAUCGUGGAAGACGAGGAGGCAGAUCAUAUGACACAGGGUUCACCUUCUACUUGAGUCCAACUGACUUGUUUUGGUACUGGGAUCCAUAUUAUUAUAGGAGGCGACGGCUACGAACUGAUGAUGAUGAGAGGAUGAACUUUAUUGAAUCUGUUUUCUCUUUUGUUUUCGGGGAUGGUGAUCCAAAUCAAGGAAUUGAAGAAGAAAGGUGGAAGUUGAUUGGACAAUACAUAACUUCUAAUGGAGGUGUUGUCACAGCUGAAGAACUUGCUCCAUAUCUUGAUUUACCUACCACAAAGGGAGCAUUGAGUGAUGAGUCGUAUGUGUUACCUGUUCUUCUGCGGUUUGAUGGCCAGCCAGAAAUAGAUGAAGAGGGAAAUAUUCUGUAUAGAUUUCAGUCUCUGCAGCGGACAGCUUCUUCUCAGAGGAGUGGAAGGAAGGAAUAUGUAGGAAGAAGAUGGAGUGAUUGGGUUGGGGGAAUUGAGAAAUUUUUUAAGGAGAAGAAGUGGCAAUUUAGUAAAACAAGCUCAUCAGAGAGAGCAAUGGUCAUUGGUUUGGGUGCCAUUAACCUCUUUGGAGUCAUAAUUCUUGGAACAAUGUUAAAAGAUGCUGCGAUUAGACUGAGUGGAUUUAUUAAUUUUGUCAUGGACAUUUUCCCUCUACUUCAGAUCUAUGCUGGUUCUUUCUUUGCAAUUCCUUUGGUUCGUUGGUUCUUCAUUCGUAAAAGGAAUGCUGAUAUAGAGAAGAGAAACCAAAUAAGAAAACGGUUUGCUCAAGCACUUGAAUUGCCUGAUCUUUCACUAAGGCGGAAGCUAUUGAGUGCUCGAGAUAUGGCACAAAAAACAGUCAUAGGACCAGACCGCAUUGUGUAUAGUACUGACAGAGACUUGGUUCAGCAAGACUAUGAAGCACGAGAGUGGGAUCGAAGACUCCGAGAAAUUGAGAAGUCAGACUAAAAAGAGCCUAUAUGGAGUAUGGCUGCUUGCUUCAGGCUGCUCAAGUUGGUGCCCUCACUUAGCAGAGAGCAUCAUUACAUGAAGUGAUUGACAGUAGAUUAUGGAAGCUGUCACUCUGAAACUGUUGACAUACCAUUGAUGGAAGAGGCAAUUCUACAAAAGAGCAAUAGGCGAUCUCACUUUAGUGCUGGCUGGAAUAGCUGAAGGGGGGAGGGGGUAAUAAUAGUAUAGCUUUUUCAUUAAAUUGCCUCGCACUUCCUUUUUUUUAUCAUUUGCGUAUCAUUAUAGAAUUGCGGAAGGUCAAGGUUAUGAUAUCAAAUCCACUUCAUUUGUUUUCACCAUCUUCUGUUUACACUUGAAAGUAAAAGUAUGUUGUGUACUGUGAACUGUAAAUGAUUCAUAUUGUAAACCAUUACAUUUUACAGCGUUGAGACUCAGAGAUCAAUCGCUACUAUAUUUUGGUUGAAAAGACGAGCGUUUUUGGACUUAAA